UUUUUAUAUAGUUACACUCGCUCAGAAAGCUCAAAUAAAAGUCAAGUUUAUAAUAUAAUAGUGAAAAAAAAAAUGGAAGUUCACGUAGAGGAAAGGAUGACUACACUGGGAAAAUCAAUUCUAGUUCCAAGUGUUAAAGAAAUUGCAAAAGAAUGUUUAGAAAAAGUCGCAGAUCGAUAUAUUCAAAUUAAUACUGAUGCUAAUCAAGAAGAUUACGGUCUUAAUGAUAGUGAUAUUAAUGUUAAUGAAGAUAUUAAAGUACCAAUCAUUGAUAUGGAAGCUUUGAUUGCUGGUGAUGGCUUGGAGCUUGACAAGUUGCAUUCUGCUUGUCAAGACUGGGGCUUUUUUCAGAUUGUAAAUCAUGGAAUUGACAAGACAUUGGUGGAAAAAUUCAAAUUGGAAACCAAAGAAUUGUUUGAUCUUCCUAUAGAAGAAAAGAAAAAGUAUUGGCAAACAUCAAAUGAAGUGGAGGGAUUUGGGCAAGCCUUUGUUGUUUCUGAAGAUCAAAAGCUUGAUUGGGCAGAUAUGUUUUUUGUGAGUGUUCUGCCUAAAUAUAUGAGAAAACCCAACUUGAUUCCCAUGUUGCCUCUUCCUUACAGGAAUACAUUGGAAUUAUACUCAGAGAAAAUACAAAAUUUGGCUAUGAAUAUUAUUGAUUGCAUUUCAAAAGCUUUAAAAAUAAAUAUUGAAGUGAUGAGAAGAAUAUUUGGAAAUGAUGGACUACAAUCAUUUAGAAUGAAUUAUUAUCCACCAUGCCCACAACCAGACAAAGUCAUUGGAUUAACACCUCAUUCAGAUGCUGCUGGUCUCACUAUUCUUCUUCAAUUUGAUGAUAUUGAAGGCCUACAAAUUAGGAAAAAUCAUAAAUGGGUUACUAUCAACCCCCUCCCUAAUACCUUUGUGGUUAAUAUAGGGGAUAUCUUAGAGAUUGUGACAAAUGGAAUAUAUCGAAGCAUAUUACAUCGGUCAGUAGUGAACGCAACAAAAGCAAGGAUAUCAGUGGCUGCAUUUCACAACCCAUCAAUGAAAGGGGAUAUAGGCCCGAUUCCUGACCUUAUUAAGCCAGGUGUACCAGUAAGAUUUCAACACAUCAGCGCCGCUGAUUAUUUCAAAGGAUUAUUUAAUCGUGCUCUCGAUGGGAAGUCCUACAUUGAUGUCAUGAGAAUUAAUCCAAACCAUAAUAAUUAACAUACUGUUUAAUCUUAUUUCGAUUUUUAUAUGUUUAGUUUACAAAAUAGAUAAAUUUGUUGAAAUUUAAUUGAUAUAUUCUUUAAAAAUUUUAUUACAGUUAUCAAUUUUAGAGAAUAUAACAAAUCAUAUUUCAACAAGUUUAUCUAAACUAAACCUUAGAAAACCAAUUCUAUAUUAUGGGCUUGUAACUAUAUAGAAAAUUAUGUUCAAUAAUAAUGUAAUCAAGAUAUUUUUAAGGUAUUUACAUUUGAUAGAUAUAUAAACGUAUUUUAUCUUUAUAUUAUGUAUAAUUAUAUUGUAAAAUUACU